AUGAAUUUUGGAAGUAUUCUUCUUUUAUUGAGCUUGGAGACUCUGGUGCUUGUGAUGGCUGUGCCUGCUCUCAACCUUCAUUCGGAAAUUGGCAAUGUUUUGAAGCAACAAGCAGAGACCACCACAGGUCCAAUAAAACAUAGCUAUUUGGACCACAGCCUAAAAGAAUACCUACAGAGUGGAUAUCUUGAGCAAAAAAACAAAGUAAUUCUCAAGAAUCUUGAAAACCCAAACCCCAGCAAAGAUGAGCAAUUCCACGAAGAGACCAACUUUAUCAGAAGUUUAGCACAAGCUAAUUCUACUCCAGAUGCAUCCGUGCAGUCUGAUAGCUCUGUGCUAGCUUGUGGUCAGGCACUGAUGGAAAUGACAAAAAGCAUACUCCAUGAAUUAAAAAUCAGACCAGGGGGAUUGGGUGAAUGGGCUGGCAAGCUUGGGUUCCUGUAUUAUUGUGUCCUGCAGAUUCUCUGGAGACGAAGACUACUAGUACUCUAG